AUGCAGCUGCAGUGCCGGAGCGGGGUGCUGGCUGCCUUCGCGCUGCUGGUCCUGCUCCUCAUCUUCGCGGACAUCUCGGAGAUCGAGGAAGACCUCGGGGACUCUGGGGGCAGAGGCGCCAUCCGACCAGCCGUGAGCAGCUUCCACAGCAAGCCCAACAGAGUUGACGUGGGCGUCAACGGCUCCUCCUGGCCGGCCACUGCGGACAGGAGCAAUGACAGAGUGAGGCCCAGCGCCCAGCCUGCCGCCGCCAAGUGGAGGCACAACCAGACAGUAUCUCUGCGGAUCAGGAAGCAGAUCCUGAAGUUCCUGGAUGCCGAGAAGGACAUCUCGGUCCUGAAGGGGAGUCUGAAGCCCGGCGAUGUCAUACACUACAUCUUCGACCGCGACAGCACCAUGAACGUGUCCCGCAACCUCUACGAGCUGCUGCCACGCACCUCGCCGCUCAAGAGCCAGCGCUUCCGCACCUGCGCCAUCGUGGGCAACUCAGGGGUCCUGCUCAACAGUGGCUGCGGCCCCGAGAUCGACACGCACAGCUUUGUCAUCAGGUGCAACCUGGCUCCAGUGCAGGAGUACGCCCGGGACGUGGGGCUCAAGACCGACCUGGUGACCAUGAACCCCUCGGUCGUCCAGAGGGCCUUUGAGGACCUGGUCAACGCCACCUGGCGGGAGAAGCUGCUACAGCGCCUGCGCAGCCUCAACGGCAGCAUCCUGUGGAUCCCCGCCUUCAUGGCGCGGGGCGGCAAGGAGCGUGUGGAGUGGGUUAACGCACUCAUCCUCAAGCACCACGUCAGCGUGCGCACCGCCUACCCCUCGCUGCGCCUGCUGCACGCCGUCCGCGGAUACUGGCUGACCAACAAAGUGCACAUCAAAAGGCCCACCACCGGCCUGCUGAUGUACACGCUGGCCACACGCUUCUGCGGCCAGAUCUACCUGUACGGCUUCUGGCCCUUCCCGCUCGACCACAACCAGAACCCCGUCAAGUACCACUACUACGAUAGCCUCAAGUACGGCUACACCUCGCAGACCAGCCCCCACACCAUGCCCCUCGAGUUCAAGGCCCUCAAAAGCCUGCACGAGCAGGGGGCACUGAAACUGACCGUGGGCCAGUGCGAUGGUGCCACGUAA